AUGGAGAAAACACGGGUUGCCAAGGUUGACAAUGUGACCUUGGCUCGCCGUGGAGACCAGGUCGACGGCGCCCUCCACCUUACCCCCCACCACCUAAUAUUUUCCCACACUCCCCAGAUCUCGAGCGAAGACGCGGCCAAGGGUGUACCCAUCAGACCGAAAGAGCUUUGGAUUACAUACCCGAUCAUCUCUUUUUGCACUCUACGACCGGCUCCCGCGGCCUCCCGCCAGGUCUCCUCCAUUCGUCUUCGAUGUCGGGACUUUACUUUUGUGUGCUUCUACUUCACCAGCGAGCAAAAGGCCAAAGAAGUCUUUGAUAGUAUAAAGCUAUGGACAUGCAAGUCUGGCAGACUGGAUAGGCUCUACGCGUUUAGCUACCAGCCGCCGCCUCCGGAGAGGGAGUUCAAUGGGUGGGACUUGUAUGAUCCGCGCAAGGAAUGGGAGCGCCAGGGUCUUUCUAAAGAGAACUCUGGCUGGCGAGUCUCCGAAAUUAACACUGAUUAUGGUUUCUCUCCAACAUAUCCUGCACUGAUCCCCGUGCCCUCCUCGAUCUCGGACAAUACACUCAACUAUGCUGGAAGAUAUCGCUCCAGGCAGAGAAUCCCCGCAUUGACAUAUCUACACCCGGUCAACAAUUGCAGCAUCACUCGGAGUUCGCAGCCCCUGGUUGGAGUACGACAGAACCGCAGUAUUCAGGAUGAAAAGCUCCUGGCGGCGAUUUUCUCGACUUCUCGUACCGAAAGACCCUUGGCCAGCUUUGUGAAAUCUACUUUGGACAGGGAGGCCUCCGAUUCGAGCCAUGAUAGUGGGUCGACGACUGACCUUGAUGUGUCAAAUGCCGAGGAGAUUGAAGAUGAAAUGCUGGCUGCUGCUCGCGAGAUUCAUCCUGAAGAACGCGCCAUCUAUGGAGCUCAACAGCAAAACCUGAUUGUCGAUGCACGCCCUACCGUGAAUGCCUUUGCGAUGCAGGCUGUUGGCCUGGGCUCUGAGAACAUGGACAACUACAAGUUCGCCACCAAAGCCUAUCUCGGCAUUGAUAACAUUCACGUCAUGCGCGAUUCCUUGAAUAAGGUCAUUGAUGCUCUCAAAGAGACGGACGUUACUCCCCUGGGGCCGAAUCGCGACCAGCUUGCGCGCAGUGGGUGGCUGAAGCAUAUUGGGGGUAUCUUAGAAGGUGCACGCCUGAUCGCCCGCCAGGUUGGCCUUCAGCAUUCUCAUGUACUUAUUCAUUGUUCCGACGGCUGGGAUCGAACGAGCCAGCUGAGUGCGCUGAGUCAAAUUUGCCUGGACCCGUAUUUCCGAACAAUGGAAGGCUUCAUGGUCCUCGUGGAGAAAGACUGGAUGUCAUUUGGACACAUGUUCAGACACCGGUCGGGCCAUUUGAACAGCGAGAAGUGGUUCCAGAUUGAAAAUGAGCGCAUUGGCGGUGAUACAGAAGGAGGAGGUGCAGGCCCUGCCAAGGCAAUUGAGAACGCCUUCCUGAGCGCGAAGGGGUUCUUCAACCGGGACAAUACGAGCAGGGACUCCUUGCCUGACUCUGAAGGCGAGGUUCAAAGCUAUGACUCGGACAGUCCAACCAAAAAGCCCAGCUCCGCGCCUCGCAGCAUUAUCUCUGAAAAGGAAAUCACAAAGGUGAAGGAGACCAGCCCCGUUUUCCAUCAGUUCCUCGAUGCCACCUACCAGCUGCUUCACCAAUACCCAACACGCUUCGAAUUCAAUGAGCGUUUCCUGAGGCGGCUGCUCUAUCACCUUUAUGCCUGCCAGUUUGGAACCUUCCUUUUCAACAAUGAGAAAGAGCGCAUCGACACGAAUGCACGAGAGCGCACGCGGAGUGUAUGGGACUACUUCCUUGCCCGACGGGAGCAGUUCACCAACCCCGAAUAUGAUCCAGUCAUUGAUGAUCACAGGCGUGGAAAUGAGAGAUUGAUCUUUCCACGAGUGAAAGAGACGCGCUGGUGGAGCGAGGCCUUCGGCCGUUCCGACUCCGAGAUGAAUGGGCCUUUCACUUCCACUGGGAAUGCUGGCACUGAGAGUCCUGGUUCAGGUCGAGCCCCUAUUCUAACUGGAAUCGAGACAGCCCACCAGUCAACUAGGACAGCAUCAUCUGGUAUUGCUGCUGUCACUGCGGGAAUCUCCAACUUUGGCGUCUCAAAGGAUCACAGGACGGAUUCAACGGAGGAUACCUCCAAGAAGAUGGAGUUGGAAUUGCAAUGA